ACCCAGUUGACCUGUCAUAUAAAAGAGACACUUUGGAUCGACUGCAGUCAGUCGUCACCAUGUUGGGCAUCAUACUAACCCUGAGUGCUACUCUGCUGGUGACUGGUAGCCCUGGUCUACACUAUGAGUUGGAGUUUGCGACCAGUAAGACUUAUGUAUAUAACUAUGAGGGUCUGGUGUUGAGCGGUCUCCAAGAACAAGGCUUUGCAAAGUCUGGACUGAAGCUGAAAUGCAGAGCAGAGAUCAGCAGGGCGACCCCCAGGCUCCGAUUCCUUAAGAUACGUAAUAUUGAAAUUCAGGAAUAUAAUGGGAUUUGGCCCACAGAUAAGUUUACAAGUUCCAGUAAGCUUACUAGACUGUUGGAAAAACAGCUGGCAAACCCAAUUAAGUUUGAGUACAACCGUGGGCAAGUUGGUGAUUUGUACAUACCGAACGGAUCAUCGGAGACUACCGUUAAUAUAUUGAGAGGUAUUGUGAACAUUCUGCAGCUCACCAUAAGAAGAACCCAGAAUACCUACAUAGUGCAAGAGAAUGGCAUUCAAGGCUUUUGCAAUAACAACUACUUGAUUCAAGAAGACCAAAAAACAAACCAAUUGGUCAUUACCAAAUCAAUAGACCUAAAUGACUGCGAGCACAGGGAACAGAUGGUCAUUGGCAAUGCUUAUCUCCACACUUGUGCCAGCUGUAAGAAGAGAAACAAAAAUUCCAGAGCAACAGCUACCUACAAUUAUAAGGUCAAGGGUACAGAGAUGGGAGGUCGUUUACUGGAGGCAGAGGUGCGAGAAAUCCACCAGUUCACACCAUUUAAUGAACUUGAGGGCUCCAUGGUGUUUGAAGCAAGGCAGAGACUUGUGUUACAAACAGUUCAAGAGCAGAUUCAUUCGACCCCGGAGAAUAAUGACUAUAUUACCAAAGAGUCACUGCGCUAUCACUUUGAGAGGAAACUGAUUCAAACUCCUAUUCACUUGUUAAGAACAAAAAACACAGAAAGCCAGAUUAAUGAACGUAUGCAUCAGUUAGUACAAAACAUUGUAGGACCGUCGUCUAAGUUAUCUCCAGAGAAGUAUAUGGAAAUGGUGCAUCUUUUGCGAGUAUCAGACUAUGAACAUCUCGAAAGCUUAUGGAAACAAUAUUCUGGAAGGACUCAUUACAGACGCUGGUUUUUAGAUGCAGUUCCAGCCAUCGGUAAUCAUUUGUCACUAAGGUUUUUAAAAGUGAAGCUCCAAGAACUCAGCGAGUUUGAAGCAGCACAGGCUGUACCACUGGCUUUACAUUUAAUUAAAGCGGAUCGGGAAGCAAUAGCAGAAGCUAAGUCCUUGCUGGAGGCGGUAAAGUCUAGACGUGGUUUUUUGCUACGGAAAGUAACCUACCUUGCGUAUGGAUCAUUGGUUUAUAAAUUUUGCAGCACGGUGGAUUUCUGCCCAGAAGAAGCUCUGCAGCCUUUACAUGAUCUUCUGUCUGAAGCAACUGAGACUGUUCAUAAAGAAGACAUCAUCCUGGCCAUGAAGACUCUUGGAAAUGCAGGACAAGUAAUGUGUAUAAAGCUUAUCAUGAAGUAUAUUCCAGGUUUCUCUUCCAUGGCUUCCAACCUACCACUACGAGUCCAGGCUGCUGCUAUAAUGGCCUUGAGAAACAUAGCACUUAAACAUCCUUCAAAGGUCUUGGAUAUUUGUCUUCAGUUGUAUAUGGAUUUGCAGCAACAUCCGGUAUUACGAAUGAUAGCCGCAGGGAUCAUAAUGGACAACAAGCCUCCAGCGAACACUGUGAUGGCCAUGGCUAAGUCUCUGAUGAAGGAAGGUGACAAGCAUGUGGGCACCUUUGUGUAUUAUUUAAUGAAGAGACAGAGCACAAGUGUCACACCUGAUCUGCAAGAUGUGGCUGCUAUCUGCAACAUGGCGGUUAUAAUCCUGAAGUCCAAAUUUGAAGCCUCAAGAAGCACAUAUAGUGGAUUUCAUUACUCCACAUUUACAGAUUCCCUCAUGUCUGGUAUUGAAAGCACAUUCAAUAUAAUACACAAUCCAGCUGGUGUUCUCCCCGUAGCUGCUCUCGGAAGGUUCAAAACCCACUUCAUGGGGGUUUUUACUGAUCUGUUCGAGAUUGGCUAUCACGCUGAAGGACUUCAGGAAUUAUUAAUGAACAGACAUUUGUUCUCCUCUCAAAGUGGACUUCAAAAGAAGAUUAUGGAUAUGCUUAAAAAGCUGCAUGACUGGAAACCCGAUUCUUCCACUGAGCCUCUCGCAUCAGUUUACCUGAAGUUGUUUGGACAAGAGAUUAUAUACCAUGAGUUGAACAAGAACUUACUAGAGAGUAUUCUCAAGUUUCUUUCUAGUGGCAGGUACGCUACCCUACUAUCAGUGGUGAAGGCUCUUCAGAAUGGUGUUGAUAUAAAUUGGUCUAAACCAUUGCUAUCCAGUGAAAAUUGCCAUGUUGUGCCAACCUGUGUGGGUCUUCCCAUGGAAACCAGCUUGCAAUACUCAUCGGUCACAAGGGCUCAACUACAAGCCCAAGCUCACUUCACUCUCGAAUCUAAAGACCCAAGUUUCGUCCAGUUAUUUCAACCCAACAUUAACCUGAAGUCCAAAUUUUCUCUAAGCAUGACUAAGGAUAUUGUCAUUAUGUUUGGGGUGAAUACCAAUAUCAUCCAGGCUGGAACGGAACUCCGAACACAAAUCAAUAUACUUCUCCCUGUAAAUGUGGAAGCUGCUAUCAAUGUGGAGCAAAAGCAUUUCAAAAUAGAUUAUAUUCCAAUCGAACAAAACAACGAAAUUCUGUCUAUAAGGUCAAAAGCAUUUGCUAUAACAAGAAAUGUGGAGGAUUUAGCGGCUGCUAAAAUGACUCCGCUCGUAGCUGCUGGAACAGAACCAAAUGUACUGAAGCAGACCUUUAAUCCAAGAGACUUGUCAGCGGGGGACACGCCAAGGACCGAGGGAAAGUUUUCAGCAGAAGUUCUCAGCAAAGAGAAGGCAUACUGGUCCGGUCAGCCGCACGGGCAAGCGCACGCCCAGGGGUUUUCCAUUUGUGCUCAGAUAAGUCAUUUAGGCUUCCAGAUUUGCUUGGAGAAGAAUAGCGUGACAGCUGGUUUUGCCCAAAACUGUCCCUUUUAUCAUAUGAUUGGGGAUCAUUCUUUCAAGCUCAUAGUUAAGCCAGCGCACGCCGACACCUCAGUCGAGAAAAUACAAAUAGAAUUUCAAGCAGGGCCCGGGGCAGCUAUGAAAAUGGUGCGUUCAGUAAAUGUACAAAGAACUGAUGGUGAAACACACGAGAUGGAAAACCCAAUAGACCGCAUGGCUCUUUCAAAGCUGAAGAAAAUUCUCGGGAGUAGUAAUGUAAUGUUGAAAGAGGCUAACUUGAAGGACAGUGAAAGUACAUCAUCUAGUAAUAGUUCAUCUAAUUCUGGAAAUACCUCAGAAUUUUCAAUGGGUUCUUCAUCAUCUGCCAUAUCUGGUCAUAAAUCUAACCAAGAAAAAAAACAUAAAACACAAAUGAAGCAUAAAAAACAUCAAAAGCAUCAAAACAUACACCAUCACAAGGACCAAGGUAAUUCACAAGAAGCACACCAGUUUUCAAGGGGGCAUCAUGAAACAGAACAUAUACAUGAACAUGGUCACAAUAAAGAUAAGGAAAUGGAAAUACAUUGUAAAUGCUGGCCAGAAAAGCAACAAAAGCAUACCAAGGGGCAACAUGGCCUAAUGGAACAUGAUAAACACCAUAAGAGCCAUGAACAUGAAGCAAGAAAACAUGAGAGUAACCAGAAAAUCCAGCAUGAAACUGGAAAAAACAAGAAUCCACAUAAGGAUGCUCAAGAUAAAGGUCAUCAUCAUUCAGGUCACCAAGAAGAACAUAAUGGCAAAAGAUGGCAGAAAGGAGAAGAACAUCAUCACGAUAAAAGCCAGAAAAAAGACCAAAGAGGUGAGGAAGAAGACCAUAAACAGCAGCAAAAGGGCCAACAUAGAAAAGAAGAACAGAAGGGGCAACAUCAAAUGGAUAAACUUGACAGUAGAAAUGUAAAACCUCAACGUAGUGGUCAAAAUGAAAGAAAAGGGGGCCAUUGGCAUGAGGACCAUGAUCAAACACAGUACCAUGACACAGAAAAACACCCUCAUCAAGCAAGUGGCCAACAAAAGCAUACCAAGGGGCAACAUGGCCUAAUGGAACAUGAUAAACACCAUAAGAGCCAUGAACAUGAAGCAAGAAAACAUGAGAGUAACCAGAAAAUCCAGCAUGAAACUGGAAAAAACAAGAAUCCACAUAAGGAUGCUCAAGAUAAAGGUCAUCAUCAUUCAGGUCACCAAGAAGAACAUAAUGGCAAAAGAUGGCAGAAAGGAGAAGAACAUCAUCACGAUAAAAGCCAGAAAAAAGACCAAAGAGGUGAGGCAGAAGACCAUAAACAGCAGCAAAAGGACCAACAUAGAAAAGAAGAACAGAAGGGGCAACAUCAAAUGGAUAAACUUGACAGUAGAAAUGUAAAACCUCAACGUAGUGGUCAAAAUGAAAGUAAAGGGGGCCAUUGGCAUGAGGACCAUGAUCAAACACAGUACCAUGACACAGAAAAACACCCUCAUCAAGCAAGUGGCCAUCAUGAACCAAAAGAUGAAAAACGGCAUUGUACUUGCUGGCGUAGACCUAAAGGAGAUCAUCCUAUAGGGCAUCAUGCACAAUUAGACCAACCUUCUCACAAAGGUCACCAUACCUGCAAAUGCCAUAAUUCACAUAAACAGGGCCAGAAAUGCAAAUGUCAAAGCAGUAGAAAUGCAAAACCUCAACGUAGUGGUCAAAAUGAAAGAAAAGGGGGACAAUGGCAUGAGGACCAUGAUCAAACACAGUACCAUGACACAGAAAAACACCCUCAUCAAGCAAGUGGCCAUCAUGAACCAAAAGAUGAAAAACGGCAUUGUACUUGCCAGAAAUGCAAAUGUCAAAGCAGUCGUAAGAAGCACGGCAAUAAGGAUGCAAAAAGUUAUAAGAAGCACUUGGAAAAGAAAAGUAGCACAAAGAGACACAGUGUUGGUCAAAAACAGAAAAAUGACCCCAAAAACACUCAUAAAGUCUACUGGAAAGCUAUAAGAAAAACAGGCAAAACUAAUUUUGCACAUGUUAACAACUGUACUGAUUGUGCUGAGAACACUCGCAUGUCUCAGGAAUCCCAGUACGACUCCUAUUCAAGAGAAUCAUCAAACUAUAUGCAGGAACUUUUUGCCCCCCACAUUCACAUGGCUAAGUUUACGUCAACUUCCACUCUUCUGAAGUCCCAGAGAAGCAGCAGCAGUAGCAGAAGCAGCAGCAGAAGCGGCAGCAGCAGCAGUAGCAGAAGCGGCAGCAGCAGCAAUAGCAGAAGCGGCAGCAGCAGCAGCAGCAGAAGCGGCAGCAGCAGCAGUAGCAGCAGCAGUAGUAUGAGUGGAAUGAACCCCUUACCAUAUGAGAACUUAUCUAGUAGAACUCCACCAAAUGUUGUUCUACUGGUGAAAUCCAUCAUGAGUAAUGCCCAGCACCAAGGACUCCAAACCACAGCCUACAUUGAUACAGUAAAGCUGAAAGCACAGGUUGUCACAGUUCCUCUUGAUCACAAAAGUUCCUGGAAGACCUGUUUUGAUGUCUCUGUUUCUGCAGUUCACAAAGUCUCAGCGUUGCUGAGAUGGGGUGAUAAUUGCCAAGACUACAGAGUCGUAGGUCAAUUCUCCACAGGCAAACUAGCUGGAUCUCCAGCAGUGCAACUCUCAUGGCAGUGGAAAAGCCUCCCAACCUGGCUGAAGAGGGCAGCUGGGAGUCUCAUGACCUUUGCACCAGGUGUAGCGUACACAAUGGGAAUCUCAGAAAUGCACCAUUCAAAUCCAUCUCGCCAAGUGACUGUGAGGGUGGCAGCCGCCUCUACAGAUACGGUUGAUGCCAUCCUGAAGACACCAGAGCUGACAUUUUAUAAACAAGCCGUGCCCAUCCCGUGGGAUCUUUCACUUGGUACUCGCUUGCUCGGACACCUUCAUCUAAUUGAACUCACAAAUCUUACAAAAGUAUCAUCGAUGGUCACAGGUACCCAGGAAGAUCAAUGUGAAGUGGACCAGGAGAACAUUGUAACAUUUGACAGAAAAAAGCUGGGCUGCUCCCUAUCUGCUAGAAAUUGCUACACGGUGAUCGCACAAGACUGUACCAAUCAAUUAAGAUUCUUCAUCACGAUGAAGAAGAUGGGUCAAGGAUUUUCAACCUUUGAAAUGAAUGUCAAGCUGGGAUCCUCCGAUAUUCAAAUCUAUCCCAACUCUUCAGAGGAAUUCCCUGUUCUUCUGAAUGGAAUGUGGCUGCAGAACGAUACAUAUACAAGUAAUAAAGACUGGUUUACCAUUCGUAAGAACGCGACAACCGUGACAUUAAACGCACCAAGGAACGGUAUUGAGCAGAUUUUAUUCAAUGGACAAAUAGCCAAGAUAAAGCUUUCUCCUCUGAUGCGUGGGAAAACGUGCGGCCUUUGUGGGAAUGCCGAUGAAAAUCCAGAAACUGAUUUCCAAAAGCCGAACCGUGAAACGGCCAGGAGCUGCAUCGCUCUGGUUCACUCAUGGACAGUGCCAAUGGAUUUAUGUGGAUCAGGUUGUGCGCUGGGCCGCCAAUAUAUUAUGCUGGAAAAUGAGCUUAUUGAGGAACUUCACUCAACUUGUUAUUCGACAGAGCCGGUAUUAAGAUGUGCGAAAGGAUGUCACCCAGAAACAACAGUGCCAAUCACUGUCGCGUUUCAUUGCCUUCCUACAGAAUCAGCCAUGGGACUGGAGGACUGGCAGGCUAACCCCAAAGUGUCAUCAGAGGACCUCAUUAAAGAAGUGGAGGCACCUACCAGCUGCCUGUGUACGGAAGAAUGUGCCAAAAACGAACAGGCGCAGAUGUAGCAGUGCUGAAUCCGUCGGUCUAGACACCUGCGAAGUGAUUCCCAUUCCCAUUGCAAAUCGAUCGUCGCCUGCGCGAAAUGGCAAACUCACGCGCGUGCCACGGCCCACAAUACUCAGCCCAGUUGCAAAAUCGAGAAAGAGAAAAUAGUUCAAAGCAGUUAAUUCAUGUAAAAUCAGUGUCUGCCGCUAUGUCUGUACUUUUCUAUGUAUUCCGAAAAACCGACUUUUGCGUUGCGAGACUAAUAAACAUCAGGUAACCUGACAGAAGGUUGGUAAUUGAAAACAUGUAGCGUCUCCGUGAUUACUUAACAUUUACGACCGGGCCUCUCAUUGCAAGCGGAAUAAAAUUCAAAUGAUGUAAUAUGUUACAAGUUUGUGCGGUGCGAUCCAUCGCCUGCUGUCACCCGGUACAGCAAGUUUGUUACGGAACAUUAGGUUUACCAGGAGAAUGCCUCCAAUGCAAGACUUCUUUUAUUUUCACACAUCUGUAGCUCACAGCAGGCUCACAGUUUGGUUACAGUUCAAUUCUUACAACUGGCAGUUUGCAAAUGAUUCUCAUAGCGGUGACAAGUGUAAUGUGUCUGUAUAUCUCGGAGGCAGAGCAUUGCAGCCCGGCUGCUUCGAAUCAGCAGGGGGUAGGGAUUAUACCGCUGUCAUAUCUCAAGAAUAUACAGAAUUACAGACGCAUUACAUGGACGGGGGGA